CUAAGUAAUCCACGGAAAAUUUUAAAAUACUUGUAUAAGAUGAGAAAAUGAACAACUGCAUUACCAUUAAAGAAUGUAAAAAUCUGUUUUAAACCCUAUUCUCUGUCCCGCGCAGCCCCUACUCCACCGUUCAUCUGUGUCGCCACCGUUGGACACUUUGUAUUGUAAGUAUCAAUGGCUUCAGAUUCAAGAAAACGUACAUUGGAGGCUUUGGAGAGAAGAAUUCAAACCGAACACAUACUAGAAGAAAACAAAAGCCAAAAGACGAAAGUUGAACAUGUCAAAUCAAAUAACAAAAAGCCUAAAAUUGAACAUGUUAAAUCACCUAUUCUUGCACCUUCCACUCCUAAUGAUUCUUCCUCCCAUUCAUCUCGUCCAUCAUCAGAUCCCCCCAACAAAGCGAAUUUCAGUCUUUUUGGUCGUGCCAUUUCACAAGACAAUGAAGAUGGUCCGGAAUAUGCCCAACUUUCUGUGACUGUAGAUGAAAAUCUGCUCACAACUAAUGGGGAGUCUUCUUUUGAAAGAGGAUGUUCAGUUUCAGGAAUAUUGCAUGAACUUCUUAAGAAGGGAGAUGCAGCCCAAAAGUAUAUGCAAGGAUCUAGAAGUAUGAAAAUCGACAACUGGAUUCUUCUUGAUAAUUAUGUACAAGGACGUGCACUUUCUUCAUCUUCUCAAACUAGAGCUUUGCAAAUUCAUUCAAAACGUUCUAAGAAGCACUUGUCCAUGAAACAACAUAAAAAACAUGGAUCAUUCACUCUUCCUCAAGAGUUCCAUAAAUUUGAUAUUUUCAAGCCAAUGCAUAAAAUGUGGAAAGACUAUAUAAUGUUGUUGCUUAAAUCCACUGGGAAAAAUCAAUUGGCUCAAUGUCUCCUCGGCGCAGAUCUACACGGUGCUAUUAUUUUAGUUGUGGAGUGUAAACUAACCCAUUUUACUGGAACCGGUGGCAUUAUGAUUCGUGAAACUGCAGAAGCUUUUGGGAUAAUUACUGAACAUAAUAAAUUCCGAGUUGUUCCGAAGAAGGGUUCUGUAUUUAGACUCCAAGUUGAUUGCUGGAAAGUCACACUACAUGGAGAUAAACUUGAUUCAAGAAAAGUUGGAUUAUGAUAUUAGUUGCCAUCCUUCAAUUGUAGGUGGCAUCUUCGCCUCGCCCGAUGCCUUUUUCUUGAUUACUCUAAGAAUUUUAUGAUGAUUAUCUUACAAUUAUACUUAACAUAAUAUUUAUGUAAAGCAAUUUUUAUCCUUUUA